CUUCAGUGUGUGACUGGAGCCGGAGAAAGCGGGUAAAGUCGGUCUUGGGGAGACUACAGCUGUCGACACUGCCAUGGCCCCUGUGCUUAGCAAGGACUCAGCGGACAUUGAGAAUAUCCUGGCUUUGAAUCCACGAACACAAACUCAUGCUACUCUACGUUCUACUUCGGCCAAGAAAUUAGACAAGAAACAUUGGAAGAGAAAUGCUGAUAAGAACUGUUCUAAUUGCGAGAAGCUGGAAUAUAAUUUUGAUGACAUCAAGCACACAACUCUUGGUGAGCGAGGAGCUCUGCGAGAAGCAAUGAGAUGCCUCAAGUGUGCAGAUGCCCCCUGCCAGAAAAGCUGUCCAACAAAUCUAGCUAUCAAGUCAUUCAUCACAAGUAUUGCAAACAAGAAUUACUAUGGAGCUGCUAAGAUGAUAUUUUCGGACAACCCACUUGGAUUGACCUGUGGAAUGGUUUGCCCAACCUCUGAUUUGUGUGUAGGUGGAUGCAAUUUAUAUGCCACUGAAGAGGGACCAAUUAAUAUUGGAGGACUACAGCAAUUUGCUACUGAGGUGUUCAAAGCAAUGAAUAUUCCACAGAUUAGAAAUCCUUCACUGCCUCCCCCAGAAAAAAUGCCCAAGGCUUAUUCUACAAAGAUUGCUCUCUUUGGUGCAGGACCAGCAAGUAUUAGUUGUGCUUCAUUUUUGGCUCGAUUAGGCUACUCUGACAUCACUAUAUUUGAAAAACAGAAAUAUGUUGGUGGUUUAAGUAUUUCUGAAAUCCCCCAGUUUCGGCUGCCCUCUGAUGUGGUGAAUUUUGAGAUUGAGCUUAUGAAGGACCUUGGUGUAAAAAUAAUUUGUGAUAAGAGCCUUUCAGUGGAUGAUAUGACACUGAGCACUUUGAAAGAAGAAGGCUACAAAGCUGUUUUCAUUGGAAUAGGUUUACCAGAACCCAAUAAAGAUCGUAUCUUUGAGGGCCUGACACAGGAGCAGGGGUUUUACACAUCAAAAGAUUUUUUGCCACUUGUAGCCAAAAGCAGUAAAGCAGGAAUGUGCGCCUGUCACUCUCCAUUGCCAUCGAUACGGGGAGCCGUGAUUGUACUAGGAGCUGGAGACACUGCUUUUGACUGUGCGACAUCCGCCUUACGCUGUGGGGCCCGCCGUGUGUUCGUUGUCUUCAGAAAAGGCUUUGUUAAUAUAAGAGCUGUCCCCGAGGAGGUGGAGCUGGCUAAGGAAGAAAAGUGUGAAUUUUUGCCUUUCUUAUCCCCACGAAAAGUUAUAGUAAAAAGUGGGAGGAUUGUUGCCAUGCAAUUUGUUCGGACAGAGCAAGAUGAAACUGGAAACUGGAAAGAAGAUGAAGAUCAGAUAGUGAAUUUGAAAGCUGAUGUGAUCAUUAGUGCCUUUGGUUCCAUCCUGAGUGAUGCUAAAGUAAAGGAAGCCUUGGCUCCUAUAAAAUUUAACAGAUGGGGUGUCCCAGAAGUAGAUCCUGAAACUAUGCAAACCAGUGAACCAUGGGUGUUUGCAGGUGGUGAUGUCGUUGGUAUGGCUAACACUACAGUGGAAUCAGUGAAUGAUGGGAAACAAGCAUCUUGGUAUAUUCACAAAUACAUACAGUCACAAUAUGGAGCUUCAGUUUCUACUCAACCUGAGCUACCCCUGUUUUACACGCCUAUUGAUCUGGUGGACAUUAGUGUGGAAAUGGCAGGAUUGAAGUUUAUCAAUCCAUUUGGUCUGGCCAGUGCAACCCCAGCUACGAGCACGUCAAUGAUUCGAAGAGCUUUUGAAGCUGGUUGGGGUUUUGCCCUGACUAAAACUUUCUCUCUUGACAAGGAUAUUGUGACAAAUGUUUCACCCAGAAUCAUUCGGGGAACAACCUCUGGCCCAGUAUAUGGCCCUGGACAGAGUUCCUUCCUGAAUAUUGAACUCAUCAGUGAAAAAACAGCGGCAUAUUGGUGUCAAAGUGUCACUGAGCUGAAGGCUGACUUUCCAGACAAUAUUGUGAUUGCUAGCAUCAUGUGCAGUUACAACAAAAAUGACUGGAUGGAACUCUCCAAAAUGGCUGAGGCUUCUGGAGCAGAUGCCCUGGAGUUAAAUUUAUCGUGUCCACAUGGCAUGGGAGAAAGAGGAAUGGGUCUGGCCUGCGGGCAGGAUCCAGAGCUGGUGCGGAACAUCUGUCGCUGGGUUAGGCAAGCUGUUCGGAUUCCCUUUUUUGCCAAAUUGACCCCAAAUGUCACUGAUAUUGUAAGCAUCGCACAAGCUGCAAAGGAAGGGGGUGCAGAUGGUGUGACAGCCACCAACACUGUCUCAGGUCUGAUGGGCUUAAAGGCUGACGGCACACCCUGGCCAGCAGUUGGUUUUGGAAAGAGGACAACUUAUGGAGGAGUAUCUGGCACAGCAAUUAGACCCAUUGCUUUAAGAGCUGUGACAGCCAUAGCUCGCGCUUUGCCUGGAUUUCCCAUCUUAGCCACUGGUGGAAUUGACUCAGCUGAAAGUGGUCUUCAGUUUCUUCACAGUGGAGCUUCAGUUCUCCAGGUAUGCAGUGCUGUUCAGAAUCAGGAUUUUACUGUAAUUGAAGACUACUGCACUGGACUCAAAGCCUUGCUUUAUCUGAAAAGCAUUGAAGAGCUGCAGGACUGGGAUGGACAGAGCCCAGCUACUGUGAGGCAUCAGAAAGGGAAACCUGUUCCUCAUAUUGCUGAACUCACUGGAAAGAAACUGCCGAGUUUUGGACCUUAUCUUGAGCAGCGCAAAAAAGUCAUAGCAGAGAACAAGAUUAAAUUGAAAGAAAAAAAUGCAGCUUUGCCACCAUUCGUGAGAAACCAUUUUAUCCCCAAAAAGCCAAUUCCUGCUAUCAAGGAUGUAAUUGGGAAAACUCUACAAUAUCUUGGAGCAUAUGGUGACCUGAGCAACAUAGAACAAGUUGUGGCUAUGAUCGAUGAAGAAAUGUGCAUCAAUUGUGGUAAAUGCUACAUGACCUGUAAUGACUCUGGAUACCAGGCCAUCCAGUUUGACCCCGAAACCCACCUGCCCACUGUUACUGACACUUGUACAGGCUGUACGUUGUGUCUUAGCGUCUGUCCUAUUAUUGACUGCAUCAAGAUGGUUACCAGGACAACACCUUAUGAACCAAAAAGAGGCUUGCCCUUAGCUGUGAAUCGGGAGGGUUAAAGUGAUUUGUGAAACAGUUACAGUGAACUUGGAGGUCACCCAGAGAGGCUGAUCUUUAUUUUCUUUUAAUUCUGCUUAGCUCUUUUUAAAAUUAAAACAAAUAGAUCCUUUCUCAAGCGAAUUUAGAAAUCAAAAUGAUAAUUUCUUAACAAAUUUCUAAAUGAAAAAUAAAAGUCUCAUGCCAGUGGGCACUCAAUUAAUGAUCAUAAAAGAGAAUAAUUUUCCGAGGAGCGUUGUUAAAUAAAUGUGUAGCAGUUAAUUGGAUGCUCACGUCAGUUGUCUAUUGUGAAAAAAUAAUAACUGUUUUGUGGCAAUUAAUGCGACAAUUUCCAAAUUGCCCUAUGCUGUGCUCUGUCUUUGAUUUCUAAUUGUAAGUGAAAUUAAGUAUUCCAGAACAAAGUACAAUGUAACAUACAUGAAAAUGUUUCCAAGGAAACAUUUUAUAAUUAAAAAUUGCAUUUAAUUUUAACACUAUUUCUCAGCCAAUUUAAUUAGUUCCAUAAA